UCUACUCAAUUAUGAUAAUUUAUUAUAAUGAUCAUUACUACCUCUACAUGUUUUAAACAGGUUAUCUCAAAACUUUUCCUUGAACCCCCAAGCAUCCCCCUGGCCCGCAUUUUUGAAAAGCAUAAAUCACAACAUGUUUAUGAUUGUGAUUUGGGUAGUUUUAUGACCCAAUCUACCACAUGAUAUAUGCAUGAUUGAAUAUGAGUCAUUUAGAUAAUAGUGACUCUCUCUGUGGUUUAUUUUGGACGUGGUGUGGUGCAGUGGUUAAAGAUACAGGCUGCAAACUGAAAGGUGAUUAUAUAAAAGUGACUAUGAAACAGUAAUGAGAAUUAUGCAUAAUGCAUUUUCCCACCAGAUUUUGGUGUGAAUAUGAAGCUGACAUGUUUUUUGAGAGAUUCACUUCUUGGUGUGUUUCCUGAUUGGUUUAUGUGUAGAACUAGUGUUUUAUAUAAUUCAUUUUCAUGCUGUUCUGCAUUGGUUUCGGUCUCUUUAUACAGUUAUAAAGACUAUGUGUCUAGUUUGAAGGAUGUAAAAACCUGCCUCUUCUCUCUGUUCUUCUGUGGCUCUCCAUUAUCUCCUCGUCCACCACACCAUCAUUCCUGUAUUUCCUGUAUUUGGCUUGGUUUGGGAAGGUUUAUUCACCGGCUUCGCUUUUACACUGGAAGAGGAAGUGCAUGAAUUAUCUUCACAUGAUUUAUGAAGUUAAUCUCUGCGUUCUUGUGUUCAGAUAAGCCAGCUGCGUAAGAAAUGACACGUUUAACUUUUGUGCAUCAUUGUUGCAAAACUUCCUUACUGUUGUCUAAUGUCAUUAAUACGUUUUGAAUAAGAAUAAUGGAGUGCAUUUUACAAGAACAGUCUUUCAGCGUCAUAACGUUACAUUUGAUUUUGACGUGCUGCUUGUGAUACCUUGUAAUUAAGUUUUUUAAGUUUACUAGCAAUUUCAGAUUUCCAAAUUUAGUUUUUUUCAUUGUGUCUGUCAUGCAAUAAUCUUAACGUGACUUCUUUUCCAACCCUGACUUUAUUUUUUUCAGUUUGACGUUCCAGCUGGACGGAUUCUUUUAAAUCUGUUGUUUAAGCAAUGAAACUCGAUAUUUCUCUUCAUGAUAUUUUAUCUCUUUGCCUCUUCUUUCCCACAAUCCUCCCUGAUGCCGGACCACGAGAGCGGCUGCGGACACACAGUAUCGAGUCGUCUGGGAAGCUGAAGAUCUCUCCGGAGCAGCACUGGGACUUCACAGCCGAAGACCUGAAGGAUCUCGGCGAGAUCGGCCGAGGAGCGUACGGCUCCGUCAACAAGAUGGUGCACAAACCCAGCGGACAGAUCAUGGCUGUCAAACGGAUCCGCUCGACGGUGGACGAGCGCGAACAGAAGCAGCUGCUCAUGGAUCUGGAUGUGGUCAUGAGGAGCAGCGACUGUCCUUACAUCGUCCAGUUCUACGGGGCUCUUUUCAGAGAGGGGGAUUGCUGGAUAUGCAUGGAGCUCAUGUCUACCUCCUUCGACAAAUUCUACAAAUACGUUUAUUCCUCUUUAGACGAAGUGAUUCCCGAGGAGAUUUUAGGGAAGAUAACACUAGCUACUGUGAAAGCACUUAACCACUUAAAAGAAAACUUGAAAAUUAUUCACAGAGACAUAAAGCCAUCGAAUAUCCUUCUGGACAGGAAAGGCAACAUUAAGCUGUGUGAUUUUGGCAUCAGCGGACAGCUGGUCGACUCCAUCGCCAAAACCAGGGACGCAGGCUGCAGACCGUACAUGGCACCGGAGAGGAUAGACCCCAGCGCCUCCAGACAGGGGUAUGAUGUGCGCUCAGACGUCUGGAGUUUGGGAAUCACACUGUAUGAGCUGGCCACAGGACGCUUCCCCUACCCAAAGUGGAACAGCGUGUUCGAUCAGCUGACGCAGGUGGUGAAGGGCGACCCGCCGCAGCUCAGCAGCUCAGAGGAGAGACAGUUCUCCCCCAAAUUCAUCAACUUCGUCAACCUGUGCCUUACAAAGGACGAGUCAAAAAGGCCAAAGUACAAAGAGCUUCUGAAACAUCCCUUCAUUCAGAUCUACGAGGAGCGUACGGUAGACGUGGCCAGCUACGUCUGCAGGAUCCUGGAUCAGAUGCCCACGUCCCCCAGCUCCCCCAUGUACGUGGACUGAGACCAGACGCAUUGCUUUCUCACAGAACGGCAGUAUUAAACCAGGAAAACACACGAGAACACAGCGGUGUUCAAUACAAGCUCCACUGUAAAAUACCUCCUACCCUCGUCUCUCUGUCUCGCUCUUACUGUCUCACACACACACACACACACACACACACACACACGUAUCUGAUGGGACGCGUGGAGGUCUGGCCUCUCGCAGAUGCGGAAUAGUGAUUUUAAACAGAUAUAAAGUAAUGAAAUAAAUAAUAAAUAAGCCUGGAAUUGUAUUUAUACUUCUGAAAUCACUUGUGGAAUAUAUGAUUCGGAAAGCCUUCGACGUACUGGAAAUCUGCUCGUGUCCUGUCCCUCCUCUUCAUGUAUGUGAUAUUAAACGUGUUUUGUAUGUUAAGGUGAAUGAUGAUGAUGCAGAGGUGUCCGGGGUUUCUGUAAUCCUCACUGUACAACGACUAUGUUAUUAAAAUAAAACUGAGGAAUAUGGAAAGGA